AUGUUUCUUCUGAUCGUAGGUGAGGAGACGCUAUCACCAUCAACGUCAGCAUCACCAUCACCAUCACCAUUAUCGGCACCAAUACCACCACUACAACUUCCACCACCUGUACCACCGAGACGAAGAAGAAGAAAAAAAAUUAUAAACGCGGAAAGUUCGGAUAAGGAAGUCGAAGGUAUUACGAAAUAUAGUAAGGUCGAUCGAAAGCGUCUACCCCCACCGCCACCACCUUCUCAAUUACCAAGAAAAAAUAAGAUCAACGAGAACGUUGAUAAGAGUAAGAUUAAAACGAGGAUAAUAAUUCAUGAUCCACCGAGUUCGAAGUUUAUUACCACCGAGAACGAUGAUGAGACCUUGAAUGAGAUCUUAAUGUCGGAUAAUUCGAAGGAUAAUAUUAUAAACGAAGAGAUUUCUUUAUGUAAGAAGAAAACUUACGACGAGAUAAAAGAAUUUAAACCUGACGACGAGUUUGAUCCUAAUAAUGAAUUACUGACAACAUCGUUGCACUCUGAUGACGUUACAUCAUCGAAAAAAGUCUUCAAUAAGGACAACGUUCUACUAUCAUAUAACGAUAGCGAGUCGAUGAUUGAUGAGAGCCCUGAAAAAGAUUCGUCAUACGAUCAAAUGGUAAAGAAAAAGGAAUACAACAAAUAUCCAUCUUUGUUUUUUACCCUCGAUGAUUUUCAAAAUGUUAUUACGAACGAUUCGCAAACAACGUGGCCGUCUAAUGACAACGAGAUAUUAAAAAAGGAAUUGGCAAAGGUUGAAAAUGAGAUAGAAAGUUUCUUCGAGGAAGAACAAAAUCCAAAGGAUGUCGAUCAUAUUACCAAGGAUCUGUCUUUCUUAAAGGAUAAUCAUAUCGAGGAUGUGAACGAUAAGGACAAUGACGACGACAAGGAUGAAAUUUGUUUUCGCGUAACUCCGACGAAUUUUCCUUUUGAAAAAUGUUUAGACAGAUGGAAAACUUCCUUGGAUUAUGAAAAUGAAGAAUUUCGUAACGAUCAAGAUAAUAAUUUUAUUUUCGACAAUUACAUCGACAGAAGUAGCGCGUUAAAUGUCAGACGAUCGAAAAGAUCAUCUCUCUGUUAUGAUAUAUCUCAAAAUAACGAGAUCACCGUAGAACAUACUGCUACUAAAGUGAGAUUCGUAAUAGAGACACCACCAAAUUCCUCGAUGCCAACCAAGGUCGAUGGUGGUCUACGGAAUAUCGAUUCGAUCACGAACGAGAAAGUUCACGAGGAUGAACAGCGGGGAGAGGAGGAGAAGGAAGAGGAACCGCAACAUCAGAAGCAGCAGCAGCAGCAUCAGCCUGUAGAAGAUAAUCUCGAAAGAAAUUUGCAGACUUCUGAUAACGCCGAUAUAUUCGGUGAAAUACCAUUUGAUUCCUUGAUUCUAAAUAAUGCCAAUCGAAAAUCUAUAGAAAUUUCUUCGACGAUCGAUAAUAAUGAACACGUAAAGGUACGUGAAUCUAAGAUCGAAUCUAAUUUAUCGGAAGAAUUAUUAUCGAGGAAAGGAGAAGUUUCUAACAAGACUAACAACAAGAACAACAGCAAAGACAACAAGGACAAUUAUGAAGACGAUGAAAACGAUGAUAACGUCAAUUACGAAGUUAAAGGGACUAAUAAAAAUAUUUUCAUUAACGAAGAAUCGAAAAGUGAAUCACUUAAUAAUACUCAAAAGCAAUUUGACAAGAAUGAACGUAGAAAAAUUUUUUUAACGCAAUCGGCUCGUAAUUUCAUCAACGACAGUCCCAUAGAUUGGGACGAAGGAUUCACGGACGUGUCCAGUAACCAUGAAUUAUCCUACAAAAAUCCAUACGAAGAGAGAAAGAUCGACGAGGAAUCAUUGAAAAUCACGGAUUCAACGAAUUCCGAAAUAAUUAUUAAAGAUGAAUUGAAAACGAUAACUAUGUCAAGCGCGUCGGAAUUUAUGAAUGAUCGCAUAAAAAGGAUCGAUUAUGAGACUAUAAUCGGUAAAAAAAAAACCGAUGUACCGGUUAACGUUAGACGUAAUACAUUUUUAGAAACGAUGCUGUCGGAUGUAGAUAAUAGGGAUGAAGAAAAUUUGAAUAAUACAAUGGGAUAUUGCGAGAUCAUGGCGGUACGAAGAAUCCAAGCGGAAAUAAUGGAGAGUCGACAGUUGGACAACGAUAUGAUGAAAAUGUCCAAGUGUCAUGUAAGAGAGAAGUGUGUCAUCGAGCGAUCUGAUGACUCGAGCAAUAUCAAAGAUACGAUUGUAGAAACGAGGAUUAUUAAGAAUAUUAAAGGGCAAGAUACUCUAACGAUAAUCCCCGGUAGCGUUAGGAAUUUCGUUAAGUAUUACGAGAUCCGUCAGGAAACGACGGCCAUCGAAUAUUCUAAAAUUAACGAUAGGAUGACAUUAGUUAGAUCUAAUGACGAAAGUUCGAGAGUAUCGAACAGGAUAAAAAAUUUCGAAUGCGAGAAACGAUCGAUGGCUGCGAGAAGAUAUAAUGAUUUCAAGAAGGAGAAUAAAAUCGAUAAAAGGAUCAAUGAAGAUACGGUAACGAUCGAUGAUGAAUCGAUACUCAAUAAUGAGAUUAGUUAUACGAUGAUCGUGAAAAAGAUCGUAGAUCCAUUGAAAGAAAUAAAAGGGAAACGCGCGAUCGAUUUAUCCGGAUCAUCUAAUGAAUUAAACGAAACUAUUCGAAUUAAUGAGUUUUCGACUAAGAUCAAUCGUAAGAAAUCAUCGUUGGAAUUUAGUGACGAACAGGAGUUUGAAAAUGAUCAAGAGGAGGAAGAGGAGGAGGAGGAGGAGGAGGAGGAGGAUGAUCUCUCGCAGCCACCGCAACGACAUCUUCCGCAGGAAGUAUUAUCCAGAGCCGAUUACGAGAGAAAUUCAGGUAUUAAUCGAUUCGCUUCCAACGCUGAAAAUAAUACUACACGCCUCGUAUUUUAUUGUACGGUGUGA